AUGGCGAAGAGAGAGAGAGAGAUCAGCUCGUCGUCGUCGUCGUCGUUCGCGAGCUUGAGGGAGUAUGGGCGGGCGCUGGGGGAGACGCACAGGAGGAUUGUGCGGAGGGCGGGGUCGGUGACGACGACGUACGAGGAGAUGAGCAGGGUAAGGGCGCGGUCGGGGCCGGACAUGGCGCGGACGCUGCGGUGGCCGGACCUGGUGGGGUUCGGCCUCGGCGGGAUGGUCGGCGCCGGCGUAUUCGUCGCCACCGGCCGCGCCGCCCGCCUCUACGCCGGCCCCGCCGUCGUCGUCUCCUACGCCAUUGCCGGCCUCUGCGCCCUCCUCUCCGCCUUCUGCUAUACCGAGUUCGCCGUCGACAUGCCCGUCGCCGGGGGCGCCUUCAGCUACCUCAGGGUGACCUUCGGGGAGUUUGCGGCGUUUCUGACGGGGGCGAAUCUGAUAAUGGAGUACGUGUUCUCAAACGCCGCGGUGGCGCGAAGCUUCACCGCGUAUCUCGGCACGGCGAUCGGCGUCGACACGCCGGAGAAAUGGAGGGUGACCGUCUCCUUCCUCCCGAAGGGCUUCAACCAGAUCGACCUCCUCGCCGUCGGCGUCAUCCUCCUCAUCACCAUCUGCAUUUGUUACAGUACGAAGGAGAGCUCGGUUCUGAACAUGGUGUUGACGACGAUCCACAUCGCGUUCAUCCUAUUCAUAAUCGUGAUGGGCUUCUGGCGCGGGGAGUGGCGCAAUCUGACCCACCCGGCGGACCCGUCGAAGGACGCGGGCGGGUUCAUGCCGUACGGCAUCGGCGGCGUGUUGAACGGGGCGGCCAUGGUGUACGUGAGCUACAUCGGGUACGACGCCGUGUCGACGAUGGCGGAGGAGGUGAGCGAGCCCACCCGCGACAUCCCCGUCGGCGUCUCCGGCUCCGUCGCCCUCGUCACCGUGCUCUACUGCCUCAUGGCCCUCUCCAUGUCCAUGCUCGUCCCCUACGACGCCAUCGACGUCGAAUCGCCGUUCUCGGGGGCGUUCAAGGGAUCGGACGGCUGGGGAUGGGUGUCGAACGUGAUCGGGGCGGGGGCGAGCUUCGGGAUCCUGACGUCGCUUCUGGUGUCGAUGCUGGGGCAGGCGCGGUACCUGUGCGUGAUCGGACGGUCGAACGUCGUGCCAGCGUGGCUCGCCAAAGUCCACCCCUCCACCGCCACCCCUGUCAACGCCUCCGCCUUCCUCGGGUUGUUCACGGCGGCGAUCGCGCUGUUCACGGACCUCGACAUCCUCCUCGACCUCGUCUCCAUCGGCACCCUCUUCGUCUUCUACAUGGUGGCCAACGCCGUCGUCUACCGCCGCUACGUCGCCGCGGGCACCGGCUCCGACGCCAACCGCUCCUGGCCCACCGCCGCCUUCCUCCUCUCGUUCUCCCUCGCCGCCCUGGCCUUCACCCUCCUUUGGCAUUGCACACCCACCGGAAUAGCAAAAGCCGCCCUCCUCGCCGUCUGCGCCGCUGCCGCCCUCUCCCUCCUCACCGCAUUCCGCUUCCUGGUCCCGCAGGCACGGAAGCCGGAGUUCUGGGGCGUCCCCAUGAUGCCGUGGAUACCGGCCGUGUCCAUAUUCCUCAACGUCUUCCUGCUUGGCUCGCUCGACGGUCCGUCGUACGUGCGGUUCGGGUUAUUCUCGGCUGCUGCCGUGCUUGUUUACGUUCUGUACAGCGUGCAUGCGAGCCAUGAUGCGGAGGAGAACGGUGAUCUUCUAAUGAAGGUGGGGGACAGUGAGGCCCGUAUUGUGGCGGGGGCGGGUGAUGGGGCCUCCAAAGUGUAAAUGUAGGUAGUGAAGAACCAAAAAAGAAAAAAAAAAAAAAUUCACCACCUUUUUUUUUCACUUUUUUUUUUUUAAGCCUUUUGUUUUAGCUUGGGGAUGGAGGUGAAAUUUGGAGUUAACAUGGGGGCCUGAAAGAAAUUCUGUCAUGCAAAAAGUUAAUAGAAAAGAAAGAGAAGAUUUAAAGGAAAUUCUUUACACAUGAAGUUGUAGCAUAUUGCUAGCUUUCUGAAUCUACUUAUGCUCUUUAAUUUUCUGGAA